AGGCGCCGACAGAGGGCAGCUCGCGAUAAUCAAAUCGUGCGCACGUCAAUUUCAUAAGCGAAGGCGGCCAUUGUUGAUCAAACUCAUGAAGCGCACUUUGUACUUCAGCCUGCCAGUGUUGGUCACCGUCGUGGCCGCCUGUGCGGGCUACACGCUGAGGGCGUCGGUCUCCUGGGGGGUCUCGUCCAACGACGUGGUGGAGGACGCCGACCUGUCGGAGGAGGUCGCCCCGGCCUUGCUGGUGGACGGCGGCGGGCUGUGGAAGCAGGCGUACCCGGCGGGCGCGCGGGUGAGUCCCGGCGAGCGAGCCGAGCCCGAGGGCGAGGGCGACUCCGGCAGGGCGCGGGGUCCCUCCCGCCUCUUCUCCUACCGGUCGGGCAGCGGGCCUCCCCCGCACCAGGAGGUCGCAAGAACGGCCAGGUACAUCGCCCGCACGAGCGACUGGGGCUCCCUGGCCACCAUUUCGAAUCAGGACAAGAUCAAAGGUCUGCCCUUCGGGAACAUUUUUUCCGUCAGCGACGGACCGCCGGACAACAGCACGGGCGUCAUCUACUUCUACGUGACGCCCAUCGACAACACGGUGUCGGACCUGCAGAUCAACCCUUACGCUUCUGUCACUUUCUCGGAGGCCGAGGGCGAUUUCUGCAGACAAAUGGCGUACGACCCGGAGGACCCCAGAUGCGCCCGACUCACGCUGACGGGCAAGAUGGUGGCGGUGGGCCCCGAGGAGCUGGACUUCGCCAAGGCGGCCAUGUUCUCCAGGCAUCCCGUGAUGGCAAAGUGGCCCGUGGGGCACAAGUGGUUCUUCAUGAAGCUGGAGCCGAUCCAAGUCUGGCUGCAGGACUGGAUCGGAGGCACGGUCCUCAUUCCGCUGGACGAGUACUUCAAAGCUUCCCCCUUCUAAGAGUCCUUCCGCCUAAUUCUGCUGCAUAGCGUCAGCCUCAAUCAAUAAAAUAAAUACGAAGAAAAAUCUACCGACGAGGAACGCAAAUCCAAGUCUGUCAGACGUUUCACUUUACCAAGUCACAGUGAAAGAAUCGGAAUCGGAACCCGGUCCUGCUACCGCUACUAUCGAGCGGAGUUUUGCAUAUUUUCAAAAAACACAAAGAAUAUUUACAGGUCAAAUUACAAUGAACAAAAAUCUAAAACUUUUUUGUAUGACCACCAUCCGCACGACAUCAUUUAAAACUGCACUUUAUACAGUGGCCUUGUAUUGUGGGCAGCCUCGGGAUUUUUUUUGCCCAUUUUUUUUGCAUUUUAAAGGUGAAUAAUAUGAAAUUAGCUCAAGUAUCCCACAAUUUUUCUUUAUGUGGCCUUUGGACGGGAACAAAAAUUUGUUUGGACCCCAAAAAUCAAGUACCGUAAUUCCCGACCGACAAUCCGCGACUUUUUUCACAGCCGCUGCGCUAGUUAGCGUUAGCGCCACUGCGCUAGCGUUAGCGUUAGCACCGCCACGUUAGCUAAACUCUGUGUACCGAGGCUUAUCACCAGGUGCGCACUGUAGGCCGGGAAUUACGGUAGUUUAUCAAAAUUGUGACUUGGUCAACUGAAAUAAAGAAAAGCUGUUGAAUUGUCAUAAGUUAAAUUAUUUGGGGUCAUAAUUGAGUUUCGGUCUGCAAAACUACGGAAGAUGGGAGGAGCUGCUUCUGGAUUUAUUGGACUUAUUCGUUUGUUUUUCUUACGCAUCCUUUUCUUUUUCCUUUGCUGCUGGAGUUUACAGGACUAGUCUUGAUAUUUAAAUCCAUAAAACAUACACAUACGUUUUGCUUUUGAAACAUAUUGCAUGUGCCUUGAUAGCCAAAGUCACGCUAACGAUUGUUUCGAAUACAUUUGCUGUGCUUUUGAGAUUUGUAUGCAUGUUAUUCAUAAUGAAUGAAAAGUCUCAAUAGAGUGCAAUUUAUAAAAUGAAACAAAAAAUACAAAUAAAUAUUUUCUAGAGCAAAAAAAAGUGUCGCAAUCU